AUGCACAACUUGACGCUGAUUGCCGUUUUUUUAUUCACUUUCUGCGCAUCGCUGGCACAAGGCUUUAUAUUGGUCAGUAUUGUUUUUUUUUUGGUCGACAGAUCCUCACGCAAACCAGUAAACCAGUAUACUUCAUUUUGAUAUGUCACCAAAAUGGGUUGACAUUUUGAACGCAAAAGACGAAAAAUGUAAUCAAAUUGUAAUAAUAUUUUUUUAAAAAAAAUUUUAUGAAGAAAAAUGAAGUGACACGCAAUUACAUAAGAUUCACGUUUGCAGAAACAUUUAAAACUUUCGUUGGAAGCUCAACCCAAUUUGAAAAUUCAGUUUUAGAAGUGUUGUUUCAGUUUUUUCCCGAUCACAUCCGUCCGCGGGAUCCAGAAGAAUUGACUAUUUUCGACAUCGCCGCCUAUGAAAAUUACGGCAUUCGUCAACCGCCGAGAAUCGCCACCACCACCCCCGUGUCUCCAGAACGAGUCGAGGAGGUCCCUCGAAGUGAGUUUUGCUUAGCGAUAAACCGAAGCUUGUUCCAAAACGAUCACAAUAAGAUCAGCCUUGUGGCUAAUUUUCCUAUCCUCUGUACAACUACCCUAAAAGAAGGUGUGUACAUCUAGGAUGAAGGACGUGCUAAAUGCAGGACUGUACGAUUAUGGAGCAUUCAGGUUACAUCCGUCGGAGGUCUGCCUCGAACCGAGCCAACUACAUGUGCCCGUGUCGACAUAAGCUCUGCACAAUUGGCAAUGAGUGUCCCAACUACUGA